AUGGAGAGUGUGGGCAAUGGGAUUAGCUCGAGGCAAAUGCCCAUUUCCCCAUCUGCCCCUGUCAAGCAGGAUUUUUUGUUCGUCGAUACUACCAAGUCCGCGAAGAGCUCCCGCCAAGGCCGCCGCAAUGCUCGCUCUUUUGUCAUGCAAAAGGCUCGGAGGGAACGUCCAUGGUCCACCAGCAAACAUGCUGCGAAGAAAAAGAAAUCCAAUGGAGCGACAAGUCCGGGAACCGUUGAGACUCCUGACCUCUCUCAUGCUUCGAUCACGCCUACGCCAAGUCCACCCCUAUGCAAACCAACCACACAGUAUUUCCCCAUCGUCGAGAGCCACCGAUACGAAGUGAAGAGCGAGAUUUGUCCGGAAUGCCAGCUCUUCGUCUGUUGGCCUGGUCACAGCCGUUGCCACGGAUGCUUACUACUCCAACCCCCGGCUCCGCUUGAGGAUAUCGAUUACCGCCUAUUUGAUCCAUUUGGAACAGUUUCAGUGCAAAUGAAUGCAACGGUUUCUGAGCUUCUGGACCACUUCGUUACAGAAAUGGCGCCAAGCACAAUAGCAGUUGACAUUCGUCGAGAGUCCAAGCUUAUGCUUCGAGACUGGUUCGGCACGGCACUACAUAACACGGGAUUCAUGCAUAGCCUGCUGUGUACUGCCGCAUUGCACUUAUAUAUUGUUGGUCGAUGCUCCAUGGAUAUCAUCACUUAUCACAAAACACAGGCAAUAGCCGCCAUAAACUCUGCAAUAUCCGACCCAGAUCCUAACCUGGCUAUCUCAGAUGCCAAUAUUGGAGCAGUGUUCAAUCUUCUAUGCGUCGAAGAAAGCCUGCUGUUGCCCUUCCUCGCACAGGAGGCGGGACAGGAAAUGCUCAACCAGCGCGAAAUUCACUUGAAUGGGCUGCGCAGAAUGGUGCAGCUGCGUGGAGGACUAGACUCGAUUGGUAGCAAUCGAAUACUGCAGGCCUUUAUUCUCUGGCAUUCAACAGCACACGCCAUAGCGUCGUUCGACGCCCCAUACCUCUCGACUAUCAACCACAUUAGUAGAAAAUGCCUACCCCGUCAUCCUCCCGGGUAUAGUCCGAAAAUAUCUAGCCAUUUGAUGGAUUACUGUCGCGAAGCCAGGGUCAAGGAAUCAUUGAUCGAACUCGUCGAAUCGGUUCUCACCUUAAUUGCUAACUUAAAUGUCUGGUUCGGCGACGCGAACAGUCCGCUCGACCCUCUCGAUAUCCAGAAUUACUCCUGCGUACUUGAAUGCCUAUUGCUGAACUGGAUUCGGGAGAAUGAAGAUUGCACGAAUCCUUUCCAGGACGCGCUCUGUGUAGCGAUGCUCAUCUUCACCGUUCGCGUCACCGAGGCGCUUCAACACCGAUCUCAUCCUCAUCCGCUCCAUCAUGUCGCGAGUAUAAGAUUGCAAAAGGCACUCAAUGCCACCAGCUGCUUCGAAUGGGCCUACUGCCAAGACUUGCUCCUUUGGAUACUGGCAAUCGGUACGAUAUCCGCCGAAGGCUCAAAAGACUACAACUGGUUCAUUCGGCAAAUGUCCGCCGUUUGCGACGAAUAUGAUCUCCACUCCGCAGACGCCGUGCUCCACCGCCUCCACCUCUGUGGCUGGGUCAGCUUCAAGCUCGAUAGUGCUGUCCAUGCCAUGUGGAACAAGAUUGUCAAUUUCAGACAACAGACAUCUACAGAUCUUGCGUUAAGUGAUAUUGUGGGCCCGCUGCAAUCCCAGGUCCCCGAGCCGAAUCUUGCCGAUUGGGAGAGUAUUGAUUGGGCUGCGAUGGGUAGUGAGUUACAUCAUAUGCCUGGAGAGGGGGUAGAGCAUCUAGGAGGUGGAGAUCCGAGUUUAAGCGCCAUCAGCGUGAGUUAUACCCCUCGCGAUAGCCUCUAUUACAUGGCCCUCACUGGAGGACCACUCAACGCACCGGUCCCCUCUUUGAGGGAUCUCAGUCCGUGGCAGUAG